GGCACGACACUCGCUGCUCGCUUUCCCUCCACUAAGCCUUCCACAUGAGCCAGCCAAGCCUUACCUCCCCUCCAGGAUGAAGAAAGAAAAGAAAACGCAUGCUUUGCUGUUUCUCCUCCUGCUUCAAUUCACCUUGGCAAGGCAAUCAGACUAUGCUCCAUAUUUUUAUGAUAAUGGACCCAGCAGUACAAAUGGGAAUAUGGCCCUGUUCAGCAUCUCCGAGGACACACCAGUUGGUACACAGAUAUACAUCCUGAAUGGCACAGAUCCAGAGGGGGACCCGGUACGAUAUGGUCUGACUUUUGAAAAGGGCUCCAAAGAAUAUUUUAGGGUGGAACCCAAAUCUGGAAACGUGACUCUAAUUCAGGAGCUCGACAGAGAGAAACAAGGUGAAAUCUCAGUGCUGGUGAGCAUCACAGAUGGAAGAAAUAAAGUUGUUGAAACAGUGAGAGUGUUUGUCACAGACGCCAACGAUGAACCACCUGAAUUUCAAAACCUGCCUUUCAUCAUUGAUAUCCCAGAGGACACUACUUCGGGAAGUAGCAUCUACAGAGUCCAAGCCGUGGAUAAGGAUAUGGGCUCAGGAGGCAGCGUCUCAUAUUAUCUACAGACCUCCCCAUUCGCCAAGUUCACCAUCGAUGGGCACAGCGGGAUCCUUAGAGUCAAACCAGGCGAGACUCUGGACUACGAGACCACGCCAACACACUUUGUGACGGUGGUCGCAAAGGAUGGAGGAGGAAAGUACAAGGGGAAACAUCAGGUGUUGACCUCCACAGCCACUGUAACAGUUAAUGUAAUUGAUGCCCAAGACAUGCCUCCAUCCUUCGUGGGAACCCCUUACUUUGGCUACGUCUACGAAGUCUCAGUUCCUGGUUCUGAAAUAUUCACUGUCUAUGCUAAAGACGGAGAUCAAGGCAAUCCUAACCCCAUACAUUAUUCCAUUAUGAAUGGUAGUGAUGGUGUCUUUGAUAUAAAUAAUACCAGUGGAUGCAUCACCCUGACAACGUAUCCAUCUCUGCUGAAAAACGAAUUAUAUGAAAUUAUAGUCAAGGCAUCUGAGGUCGGACCAAACGAACAGCUGUCUGAUGACUACGACAUCACCACGGUGACAGUCCGGGUGGUGGAUCUCAACAACCACCCUCCGACCUUUUACGGAGAAAAUGGACCACAGAGCAAGUUCGAGGUCACCAUGUACGAGCAUCCACCUGCAGGGGAGAUCCUCCGGGGCUUUAAGAUCACCGUCAAUGACUCCGAUCAGGGAGCAAACGCUAAAUUUAAACUGAGGCUUGUGGGGCCGAGCCGCGUGCUGCGAGUGGUUCCCCAGACGGUCCUCAAUGAAGCACAGGUGACCAUCAUUGUGGAGGACACAUCUGGCAUCGACUAUGAAAAGGGAGCAACCCUUUCUUUUAAGCUGCUGGCAGUGGAGAUCGACACUCCUGAGCGCUUCAGUGCGACAGCUGACAUAGUCAUCAACCUGCUGGACACAAACGACAACAUCCCCAAAUUCACAUCCGAUUAUUACAUCGCCAGGGUCCCUGAGAACUCUCCUGGAGGCUCCAGCGUUGCGACUGUAACGGCAAAUGAUCCAGAUUCGGGGCCUUGGGGUGAAGUCAAAUACACGAUUUAUGGAUCAGGAUCAGAUUUGUUUGCCAUCCACCCGUCAUCAGGCGUCAUCUCCACGCAGCCCUGGACCAGCCUGGACGCAGAGGUCAGGUCUAAAUACAACUUCUACGUCAAGGCUGAGGAUUCGGAGGGGAAGUACAGCUUGGCCGAAGUCUUCGUCACUGUCCUCGACAUGAAUGACCACUCUCCAGAAUUUGAUGACAAACUCCUGGAGAAGACCAUGAUCAUUGGCAUACCUGUCAGAGUAGAGGCCGUAGAUGACGACGCAGAGUCUCCAAACAACGUCAUUCAGUACUCCAUCAUGACAGCCGAUCCUGACAAUGCAUUUGAUAUCAACGCUGACACCGGGGAGAUCAAGCUGAAGCCAUACAUCAAGUCCAUGGAGAUUGUGCAGAACAUCACCAAGCAGAAGGACUGCAAGUGGUCUCUGGUGGUCCAGGCCAGGGACAGGGGCUCUCCUUCUUUCAGCACAACAGCCGUGGUCAACAUCGACAUCACCGAGGCGACUCCUCUCAAGGGGCCUAUGGCGGCCUUUUUAAUGAAAAGUAGAGACAACCCAAUGAAAGCUCUAGGCAUGGUCACUGUUAUCAUUAGUACGUUGGUAGGGGUGACUGUUUUGAUCUCUACGGCUAUGUACAUGCGCAACUCAAAGUCCAACAGGAUCAUGCCGGCACGUCGCAUCAUCAGGAGGCGACCCAGGGACCAGCAGCCCUGGACCUUCAAGAUGCCCAAUAUCACAUUCAACCACCCUGCAGACAAGUUCACCAUCGGUGACCCAGAGAGAAGCCCCCACCGGAACACCGGCAACCCCCGGCCGAAGCCUCCACCCCCCAGUGCACCUUCUCUUCCCCCUCCACCUCCAUCUAACACACGGCCCAGUGAGAGGCCCCGGGCUGUCCCAACAAUAUCUGGCGCGCUGGCUUCCAAAGGUUCAAAGAAAGCUAAAUCUAGUCGCCGCAAAGAGGGAAAUAUAAGCUCUGCUUUAGUGUCGGAGCUUAAGAUGAAGCUGGAGCAGAAAAUCAUCGAGAGCAACCAAGGUUAUUAUUAACACAAACAUCUUGUUUAAGGUUGUCCAGUCCAUUCUUUGACGACUCUACUGCUCUUAGCUCAUCUAUUGUCGCAGAGUUCUCAUCUGAACCUCGUGAUGAUCUGGUAGGGUGGGCCUACCUUUAGGUUAUUAAUGGGUAAACAGUAUAAGGGUACAACAGGAAGGCUUUCAGGUGUUUAUGUCUUAACGUGAGAUGUUAAGCAAAUGGGAUUCACUGCUGACCUGGCUUAGGGAAAGAGAGGCGAGAGCUGGAGUCUGUCGGUGGUGCAGUAGGUAAUUCACCACACUGCCAUCUUGAGGAGGAUUACAUCAUCUGAACACUAAGAAGCAACCACUGUAAAUUGCCCAGAGAAAGGGAGAGAGAGAGAGGAUUACAAAGAUUUACUGUGUAUACAUAAGUUGCAUAACUUCCUGAAAAGCAUAAUAUUCCAAAACUCUGUGGUGUUUUCAACACUGAAUUAGGAUUUCACUCAAUAAAUCCUAAAAAAAAAAACCAAACAUGUGCAGCUGAAUGACACAGUCAGGAAGAACACCACUGCUUAUUAUAAAGUGCUAAAGGACCUGUGUGUUAAUAUUUUUACUGUGUUACAUCAGCCGCUUGAAAGCUGAGAAGUUGCUCUUUUGUAUGAUUACAAUGUGCCACUGUAGGUUUUCACAGUAACACAAGCUGAGUUGCUUUUAUUUAUUUGACUGUGAUUCUAGAAAAAUGCUUUUAUAUAAAUUGACAUGGGUCCAAUUUAAAUGUACAGCGCUGUAUUAUUUUCUUUAUUUUGAAUACACAUACUGUAUAUGACAAGAUAUGUACAUUUCCCAGUUGUAUCUUGCAGCAGUAAAUAACACAAAAUACAAACGAAACCAUCUAACUCCACUCAUGGGAUACUGUUGGUAAAAAUGAGUCGUCUGCUUGAGAUUUUCAAGCUCAGAUUGCUAUGUAUAUAACUUGCUUGGACAUUUCCUUUAUAGAUAUACAUGUUUAUAUGUAGAAUCUGUGUCGAACAUUUAGGGUCCACAUGCAGUUACUUUCCAUGUUACGCUCCAAUGCCUUCAAAUGUAGGCACAUACAGUUUAAUCUCUGUAAUAAAUAUCUUGUAUCUGACUAUAUCUUAACUUAUAACUAUCUUAAAUAAGUUGAGAUAAACUAUAUAUCUUAACUGUAAAUUACAAUUGCCUCGUCCUAUAAAGUAACUUAU